CACCCCCUUCCUUAUAAAUUGCUUCAUCUGAUCCUCCUGCUGCCACUUUGUAAUCUGCCUUUGAGGAUUUGUUUACACGCAGCGACACGAACACGACACACAACAACAUGAGGACCGUCGGGUGGAGUGUUUUGGUUUUAUCGUUUGCCUUUCUUGCUUCAGCUCAAGUACCAAAGACAUGCUCUCCACCGCCCGAAUACCCGCACACCACACUGGACCAGAGAUACAAGACCAUGCAGAAGUUCGUCAGCGGGGAGAAAGUUUAUUAUAACUGCGCAGAGGAUUUCACUCCCGCCAGAGGUAUGCGGGCUGUGCAGUGUGAGGAUGGAAAAUGGACCAAACUGACUCUAAAAUGCGAAAAGAAAUCAUGCGGCAAUGCCGGGGAUCUACCUAAUGGUCAGUUUGAGUAUGAAGGGAAUUCAUUCCUCGGGGAGAAGGUUUAUGCUAUAUGCAAUGAAGGAUACACUGUGAAAGGACUCAACUAUAUGAUAUGCAAGAAGACUGGCUGGACAGGUGACUUUCCAUCUUGUGAAGAGGGAGUAGCCACCUGUUCCAGCCCUGCCGUGUCCAACUCUGUGAGCAGUGGUGGAGAUGUUUCUGUGUACCAGGUGGGAGACGGCCUGACCUUCACCUGCAGUCAGGGUUUCCAGUUGGAUGGAGCUCAACAGAUCACCUGUGGUUCUGGUGGCCAGUGGCAGCCUCUACCCCCUCGGUGCCUGCCUUCACCUGAUAAAACUCAGGAUCUUGAUAAAGAAACAGGUGGAUGUGGCGUGCCAGUAACCAGCAGCAACUCAAACGCCCACCUUGCUGACAUGUACAUCACAAAGACAUCUUUUGCUUCUGGUGACACAGUCCAAUACAAGUGCGACGUUGGACACAUUCAAGCAGGAGGCAGCAGGUAUCGCAAGUGUAUCAACGGAAAGUGGACAACACUGCGGCUAAAAUGUGAAA